AUUUGACUUUGGAGGUUUCCCCAAACUUAAGGGAUUUGGCAAGAUCCCUUAUUAGCAUCAAGUAUGGUUAUAAAGUUCAGAGAGGAUACAAUAAGUUUUCAUAAUAUGGCUCUAACACAUUUGGGGAUGGCACAAACAUAAAAGGGAGUAUGAUGUAUGUAUGUUUAGAAACAAAAACCCACUGGGAGGGCCAAUUACUAAACUACACAGAGAAUUAAUGGACCCUUAUGAAAUAACCAGUGUUUUCAGAACAUACACGUGAAAUAAGAGACCAUUCCUGACUACCUAUGACAGUCCAUUAUAAUCUCCAAAAACCGUCAAAUGACCCUAAAUGAUAUUUGGCUUACUGAAGUUUACACAUAAGUUAUUGUUAAAUUACUUUAUGGUUAUGUUCUGUUUGAUUUCGUUUCAGAUCCCGAAGUGAGGGAGGAAAAUUAACUUGUAUCCUGUUGUGAUUUUGUGUUCCAGAACGCUUCAGUUUGACAUUGCUGUUAAAUUACUACUGCACUCCUGCCGAACUAUUACCACACUCCGGUAAGGUUGUUGCGUUCUUGGCAAAAAGGAAAAUUUUCCUGUGGUGUUUCCUGAAGGUGAUUGAGGAUACCGCUUAAAGGAGAAAAGAGCAGUGUAACAUUAGCAACGCUUUCCGACCAUGGCUAAUUCAAUGAAUAAUUAAUCAUGCUAAGAGGUUACGUUAUUUUGAAUUGGAAAUAUUGACGCGUAUUUAACUUUUGCUGUGUUUGCAAUCAAUGGUUGAAAUCAGAGAUUUACCUCAGGAUUUAUUUUAUCAAAUUUGCUCUUAUUUGCGGAUUAACGAUCUUAUUUCACUAUGUUCUGUGUGUGCACAAUUUUGUCACUGGUUACAUCGGCAGUCGUAUUGGAAAUGGCGCUCGCAAAGUCUUUGGAAUGGAACUUACCCUUGUUUACCAGAAAAGAUCAUAGAUUGGGCAUCGGCAAGUUUUGAACGAGAAAAGUGCUGUAUAAACUUCGGGGAAAAUUCAGUUGAUUGCAUUCGCCUAUCCAAGUUGAACGUGGUCAGCCACGGGAUAGACGCUUUACAUAUUCCCCUGAAACAUCCAGAUUUACUUAUAAUGGGUGAUAGAGGUCGAGUGGUGUCAAUAUUUUCAUUCAAGGCUGGACUGUUUUCUAAUUCAUGGCUUCCUGUAUUCACUGAAUAUCAUAGUCAUUCUGGUUGGAUAUGGACCAUAAAUUCAACAGAUGAUGCUGUCAUAACAGGUUCAUGGGAUGGUGCUUUAAGAGUUUGGAAGUUGACAAAUUCUGGCCUCGCAUUCCAAUCAAUUUAUCAGUUAGGCACUCCUGUACUGUGUUCAAGCUUUUUGGAUUCCAAUACUUUGGCAGUUGGUACACAUGAUCGAAAUGUUUAUCUAUUGGAUAUACGUUCGUUUGAACAAAAUCCAUCGAAUCGUUUGUGUCAUAAAAACGCUGUUCUUUGCAUAGAUGCUAUAUAUGAAAAUGGUUUGCGUUCAACUGUUUCAAGAAGCUGUACUUCUUCUAUGAAAAACUGUAUUAGUGGUAGCGGUGAUAACUGUGACCAGAUAUAUGUAGAAUAUGAUUAUCAUUCAGAGUUGUCGUCUGUAACAGCAAGUGAAGAAAAUUUUGAAGACUGUACGAUUGAUCCAUUUGAAAUGGAAACUGUUGUACUGGACAGUCGUGAACCCAGUCCUGUAUCAUUUCCCGCAAAGUGUAAUUCAGACGAAAUAAGUUGUGACCAACUGAAUAUACAAACUAAUUCACCACCUGCUGACCUAAACCAUUCGCCAAAACAAUCUUUUUCUAACGUUCACCUAAUCACUGGCAGCAGUGAUCAAUAUAUUGCUGGUUGGGAUAUAAGAAAUUUGUCUCAACCGGUUCACAAACACAAGCUCAGUCGUUACCCAAGAAAGCUGUCUCUCUUGGAUAAGUAUGAAUUAUGGGUUGCUGAACCACCGAAUCGAAUUCACGUGUUCGACAUUCGAAAAAACCAGUUCAACUGUGUAUAUACUAACCAACUUUCUGGAUGGAAUCGUGGUUUCGGUGGCCUCAAGGCUACACUAGGAUGUAUAUUCGCUGCUGGUUUGCAUGGGUCUGUGGAAGCAUAUCAUCCAACCAAUCCAGUGAAGCCAUUGAGUAAACGACCUCUGGCUGAGAAAAUUAAUGCUCUUCCUACAAGUCUGGAAUAUCAUAAUGAUGUUUUGGUGGUUGGUUCUGGGAAUGGCUCAAUUUAUGUUUGGUCUUGUGUAGAGAGAAUUAAUUCACUGACUACUUCAUACUAAGCCACGAAUGUUAACGUUAAUCGAUCAACACGUUUUCUCUUGAAAACUAAUAUCAUUUUUAUGUUGAAGAAUUUUUAGUGUUUUUAUCUUUCAUAUGCUAAUAUAAAUUUGAGUUUAGUUGUGCAGUAGCAUGAGGCGAUUUAAACUUUUUAUAUGGUGAGCACUUUGAAUUAGUUUUUUUACAGACAUAAUUUAGAACAACAUAUGUAAGCGAACAAUAUUGUUUUCGAUUUGAUCUUCAUCAGGCUUUACUCCAAUAUACAGUAUUAUUUAUAUGUAUAUACGAAAUUACUAUCGUAUUCCUACCAAUUUUCCUUACGGGGUUCGAUCUUAUCUCUUACAAAUUUCAGAAGCUAUAGGAAUUCGAGCUAACAAUCCAAGUCUUUGUAUUCAUAAGCAAUUUGCAACAUUUUUGUCUCUCCCUUGGCCUUAAGUGGUUUUAUUUGUAAUUAUUUUCCAUACUCUUUGUUCGCUUAUUUUUCUUCACCACCUCCCACCUUUUUUUAUACACGCUUCAUUGUUCAAUUGUCUGAACACUUAUUACAUAAUCUUAUAAUUUUAUGAAUAUUAUUUCAGUGUCUACAAUUUUUAUUCAUUGACCUAUUUCUCAUUAUGAAACUUAUUAUUCUUAUCACAACUAGUACACCUGUUAUCACUAUCACUUUGUACCUCUUACCUAUUUUGUAUAUUUAUUACACUGUUGUCGUUGUCUCACAAACUACCUUGAUUGGUUCAAUAAUUUCGUAUAUGCAUAUAAAUAUUACUGUAUCUUAGAUUAAAGCCUGAUGACGAUCCAAUCGAAAACAAUAUUGUUCGCUUAUAUAUGGCGUCCUAAUUUAUAAUAUGGGAAUUUUUCAAAUAUACAAUUUAUACAUC